UGGGGAAAAAAAAUUCAGAUAGCAACAACAUUCUACCGGGGAGGGGGAAUAUUUUAUUAUCAAUCUGUUAGCCGAUAUAGUGAAGCUUUAACAUAGUGCACGUCUUCUUGUGAAUAAGUGGCAUAAUUUAGGCGAUUAAUGCCACUCCAGGAGAGGAUUGUCUUGUAGAAGACAAGGAUGAUGCUGUGUUGUGAUAGGACUUGUUUUGCUAAGACAAGAAGCCUGACCAGUGUACAGUAGUAAUAUUAUCUGGGUAACGUAAGCUCUAACUUUAACUUUAACUUAUAGCACAGUUUGUCAUGGGAAUAUAGUCGCUUGUGUCUUGUGCUAUAAUUAAAUCAAGUCAGUUGUGUAACGCUAAGUAACAAAUAUCUACUACUUCUUUUGCUAAUGCUAAUGCUGCUAGCUUAAUGAACAAAAGCUGAAGACGUCAACAGUCUCGUCAGUCUGUAUGAUCUUUAACACAUUUUUAUUCAUACUGAAAUCCUAAAUAUCAACGAUCAAUAUUGUUUAAAAAGCGCGUUCAUAAAAAGCUAAUUUAGAUCAUUUUUCAAUUUAUAUAAUUAUUUUACUGACUAAUUAAUAAAAAUAUAAUUUUUAAUUAUAAUAUUAAUUAGACAAAUAAUACGCCUAAUCUGUAUAUACAGUAGAUAUAUAAAUAUAUGUAAUAUAUAUAUGUGUGUGUGUGUGUGUGUAUAAAUACGUUACACGUUCAUCUAAAAUUUCCACGUUAUUGUUUUGUUAUAGUAGAAACGAACUUUAUUAUAUAUAUUCUGCCAGAUUUCCGGUCAUCCACUUCCGGUUAAUUUAGUUCAUCAGUUUUUAUUUAUUUUAUUUGAUUUUUAGUUGUUUUUUUUUUCUCAGGAGUUAAUAACACUACACAAUUAUUUUUUUAAUUACUAUUAAUUAUAGAUUCGUGUUGGGGGGAAAAUCCAGGUUUUUAAGGGAUCUGGUACAAACUGGAAAAAACCGGUUAGCUAGCUAGUUAGCAUGGUCAAGAUCGUUAUUACUAUAAAAGAAAUUUCUUUUAAAAACAAAUAAAUCAGAGUCACAAACCGUUCAUUUUUAUAUUAAAGUCCAAAUUGACUGAUUUAUUUAUUUACUUCAUAAAAAAACAAGACAUUAUUUUAAGUUUUAAACAAACUGAAAAAAAAAACAUCUGUUCCUGAAUAAGUUUUAUUUAUUUAUUUAUUUAGCUUCAUUUCUAGAUAUAUAUAUUUUUUGUGGUUUUAGAUACUUCUCUGAGUUACUUUUACAUAUAUUGAUCAGUAAAAAUUAACGAUGAAUUGAUUUUGAACUAUUGAGGUGAACGUUUAAUGCACUGGAACGGUUUUUCUAGACAAAUUAGGGUUCCUUUGGGUCACAGCCCUUACCUAAGGACUCAUCCCCAUCUCCCCGUCCUUUCAGUAGUUUAGUGGCAAAAUGAGUGGGGCUGGAGAUAAGGGCAUCAACGGGGUUCUGGUUUGUCAGGAGAGUUACGCAUGCGGUGGAACGGAUGAAGCCACAUAUGAGUGCGAUGAAUGUGGCAGCUUACAGUGCACACGCUGUGAGCUCGAGCUCCAUCGGCAGGAGCGCAUGCGCAAUCACGACCGGGUACGGAUCAUGCCCGGGCACGUGCCGUUUUGUGACCAGUGCAAAGGACAGGCAGGCAGUCCGAGUAACGGAUCCCGCCACAGGGCCGUGGUGCGCUGUCAGGGCUGCAAGAUUAACUUAUGCCUAGACUGUCAGAAGCGGACGCACAGUGGCGUGAGCAAGAGGAAACACCCGCUCUUUACUUAUCCACCAUGCAUAGCCCCGGAAAAGAACCCUAACACCGGCGAUGAGGAGUUAGAUGAUGGGAAAGCUCAGCUGGAAAAAGUUUGCAGCUUUCUCCUGGUGGAUGAGAAAGAAGAUAUGCAGGUGAGGGACGCAGACGAGUUCGUUAGCAGUCUGGGUUCCGCCCCGGAUGAGCUCCUGAAGGUGGUGUCCAUCUUUGGGAACACAGGCGAAGGCAAAUCUCACACCCUCAACCACACGUUCUUCAGAGGCAGAGAGGUGUUCAAGACGUCUCCCACGCAGGAGUCCUGCACCGUGGGCGUGUGGGCGGCGUUGGACCCGCUCCAUAAAGUAGUGGUGGUGGACACUGAGGGGCUCCUGGGAGCCGGUGCUAACCAGGGCCAGCGCAUCCGUCUCCUCCUGAAGGUCCUGGCCGUGUCCGAUCUGGUGAUUUACCGUACGCACGCCGACCGUCUCCAUGACGACCUCUUCAAGUUCCUGGGCGACGCCUCUGAAGCAUAUUUAAAGCAUUUCACGAAGGAGCUGAAAGCCACCACGGCCCGCUGUGGCCUGGACGUCCCACUUUCCACUCUGGGCCCGGCUGUGAUCAUCUUUCACGAGACUGUCCACACCAAAUUACUGGGCUCAGAUAAGCCCUCAGACUCCGCAGAGCGUCUCCUCCAGGAUCGUUUCCGGAAGCUUGGCCUCUUCCCUGAGGCGUUCAGCUCUGUCCAGUACAGAGGAACUCGAACCUACAACCCUCCCACCGACUUCAGCGGCCUGCUGCGCAGUGUGGAGCUUCAGCUGGACAACUCCACCACGCGCUCACCGCGAACAGCCAGCGUCAUCUACAAAGCCCUAAACGCUCUGAGUGAGCGGUUUAGUGGUGAGAUCCCUGAUGAACAUCUGUCCAGUAACUCCUUCUUCCCUGAUGAGUAUUUUACCUGCUCCAGCAUCUGUCUGAGCUGUGGCUCAGGCUGCAAGAACAGCAUGAACCACCUGCGUGAGGGCGUGAGCCACGAGGCCAAGCACCGCUGCCGCUACUCCGCCCACUAUGACAACCGCAUCUACACCUGUAAGGCGUGCUAUGAGAGCGGUAAAGAGGUGAUCGUGGUUCCGAAGACCACAGCGUCCUCUGACUCGCCCUGGUUCGGUCUGGCUAUCUACGCCUGGUCCGGGUAUGUGAUCGAGUGUCCAAACUGUUCAGUGAUCUACAGAAGCAGGCAGUACUGGUACGGCAACCAGGACCCUGUGGACACCGUGGUCCGUACUGAGAUACACCACGUUUGGCCGGGGUCGAACGGAUUCUCAAAGGACAACAACAACGCAGCACAGAGGCUGUUGGACGGAGUGAACUACAUUUCUCAGUCGGUGUCGGAGCUCAGCGUCAAACCCGCCAAAGCCGUCACUUCCUGGCUCACUGACCAAAUCGCCCCGACUUACUGGAAACCCAACUCGCUCAUCCUCAACUGCUCCAAGUGCGGCGCGGCGUUCGACGACAGCGAUACGAAGCACCACUGCCGGGCGUGCGGAGAAGGCUUCUGUGACGGCUGCUCAUCUAAAAGCAGACCCGUCCCCGAGAGAGGAUGGGGACUGACGCCGGUAAGGGUGUGUGACGCCUGCUUCCAAAACCGAGGAAUCCCAGAGGAGCUGUUGGACGAGGCUCUGAAGGAAGACGAGAGCGGGACGCUGCUCGCCAGGAAAGUGGGAGAAGCCGUACAGAACACUUUAGGAGCCGUGGUGACUGCCAUCGACAUCCCUCUGGGUUUGGUUAAAGACGCAGCGCGGCCGGCGUACUGGGUUCCUGACCAGGAUAUCCGCUGCUGUUAUCAGUGCCAGCGUGAGUUUAACGCCCGUCUCUCCAUCCAUCACUGCCGGGCCUGCGGACAGGGCGUGUGUGACGGCUGCUCUCCUGACCGGCGCGCCGUACCGUCUCGUGGCUGGGACCAUCCUGUACGCGUGUGCGUCACGUGCCACCAGAAACCGGGAGAUCUUUAGCAGGAUCGGAUGUCAGACAGCAGCACGUCAGGGCGGAACAGUGAUUUUGCACGUCGACGCUCUUCACCAUCUUUCUCCGGUGAAGCAAAGACUCGAAGUCUCAUGUUUAAUUUGCAGCUUAACAUUUUUUUUUUCCACAGAAGAAAACGUCGAUAUUAUUUAGACAAUCCAUCGCUUACCAUGCGAUUAUAAUCCACGUUGUCACUCCGAAACACCCGGUCGUAUCCGGACAAAAGUACGGAGUGUUUUCCAGACAAAUCCGCAUCGAAGCAUCGAAUCCAGUUCCAGCUUGAAUCCAGGGAACCUCUGUACUGUAACCACGGACAGGACGCUUCAGAGCCGGCUUCAGCGCGGCGGUUAGUUUGUGUCGCUCCUUCUGCGUUUCAACGUCUUCCUCCCAGGAGAAAUUUUGUACUCAAGGUCAUGUGGCUUUGUAGGGAAACUAAAAUCAUUUCCCUUUUACCGAGGAGCUCAUUUUAUAAUAUUUAUGACGUUUAUUACGGACAUUUUCCUGUAACGCACAACCACUUUCUUCUGCACAAGGAGGAAUUUAUGCAUUGUAUUAAACAUACGACACUUUAAAUAGCGACUUGUGGAUCACGUGCCAAAUUUAAACAAACAAACAAAAAAGCGUGACGAUAAACACAUCACGAUUCGUGUCGUGUUUCUCACCCCGUCGAGUCUUAUACCAGGAUCUGUCCACAUUUCCUAAGUAUAAUAGAAGGAUACAGGUCCUUAGAAUUAGAGAAGAUCCCUUAAUAUAAAAGGUGACAACCCCCACACACACACACACACAAACAAACAAAUAAAUAAAUAAAUAGGAUUCGAUCUUUCAAUUGUUUGCAAAUGGAGUGAAGUCAUGGCACAUUUUCUGCAGGUCACUACUAAAGUGAUGCGCGUCUGACACGAACCUCUCGUUCUCUUCCUCAGGACAUCAACCUGCACACUGAUUUAAAAAGCUGUGAGAUUUCACACACCGCUACACAUCUAGCUGGAUAAGAUUCCGUGAUCUCGUCAGAUCGUACCACAGGAGGUCGGAUGCCGCGCCCGAUAACGAUUUGUACACGUUUCUCCUGUCACCAAAACCGUAUCCGUGUCCGUCUCACGAGUUCACCGUCCUCCUAUCGGCGGAGUUCAGACGAACGUCGUCACGUUACGCGUCCCCGCGGGGCCAAUCUCGACCGAUUCACAACCAAAGACUGUGAUAUUUGUCUGAAAAUUCGAGCUGAAAGUCAUACAUCGUAUAUCCAAGCUUUAGCUACAUAGAAGACGUAGAUGUGCAUGGCAAAAGCUCAUCCGCUUGACUACACGUCGUCAUCAUUCAUGUCACUCACUAGUUGUUUCCGUUAAGCUCCUGGUACGGGUUAAUACGAUGACAUGGUGUAAAAAAAAAUGCAAAAUUAAAAAAAAAGAAAAAAAAGGCCCUCGGGCAAAAAAAACAAGCAAACAAACAAACCUCUUGCCUGUAACCGAGUUUGUUUGAUUUAAGGUGUAACGUUAGACUGAUUGAAUGUGACCGAGACUUGAUCAAUAACUGUCACGUUUUAUUCCCCUUGUAUGCUGAGUAAAUUAAACAUGAGUACUUUUA